AUGGAGAUUCAAGCUGAGGAAGCAGCUCAAAAUGACACUCAAAUGCUGUAUGAAGCAAGCAUGAGGGGAUGUGUAGCCACCUUGAACACAUUGAUACAGAAUGAUCCAAUCAUUCUCCAUAAAAUUUCACUCACUCGCUUCACUGAAACUCCCUUGCAUAUCUCAGCUUUGCUUGGUCAUGUUGAGUUCACCAAAGCUAUUGUGAGCCAAAAGCCUCAGCUUGUCACAGAGUUGGACUCUUUCAAACGCUCACCUCUUCACUUGGCUGCUGCUGAGGGCCACGGUGAAAUUGUCAAAGAGCUGUUAAUAGCAAAUAAGGAUGUAAGAGGGGAGAAUUCCUCUCCAUUUGGCUGCAAUGAGAGGGAGAUAUUGGUGUCAUCAGUUGAUGAUGAAGAGUUUCUCAAUUCCAAAAACCUUCAAGGGAACUCUAUCUUGCAAGUAUCUGUUAUAUUGCAACAAUAUGAGACCAUUAGCAAAUUGCUUUCCGUGCCGAAAAUAAGAGUGGAUCUGAACUCCUUGACCAAAAAUGGCUUUCCAGCCUUCGAUGGAAUCUGCAGAAAUGGCACAAUUCAAAGGAAUUUACAGAACAAUCUCAUCAAAGAAACAACCACCAAAGCUAAAACCAUCCAAGCACCCCAAAUAUUUAAAUCAAUAAUAACAUCAUUCUCCAAAUGGAGAAGGCUCAGCAAGCACAAGAGCGAUCGCUAUGAAGGAACAAGAGGCAACUUGAUGGUGGUGGCCACUUUGAUUGCCACCAUGAGUUUCCAGAUUGCAACAAAUCCACCAAGUGGCUACUGGCAAGAAGACACCGAUCAUUCGAAAGCUAAAACCUGCCCAAAGGGGGAAAUUUGCAGAGCUGGAACUGCAAUUCAUGCAUACACUGAUGAGUACUACUACUUAACAAUCGCGAGCACAGUCUCAUUCUCGGCAUCGCUCAGCAUAAUUUUGUGGCUCAUUAGUGGAGUUGCUCUCAGGAAUAGAGUUUCUGUGGGAAUUUUGGUGGUAAAAAUGUGGAUUUCGGUGCUCUUUAUUGCCAAUGCAUACUUUUCCUCAUUUAUCUUGGUAAUACCAAAUGUUGUGAGUUUAAGUCACCCGGCGUUUGAGGCCUUCUCGCAGGUUUGGGCUUGGUCGCUUGUCGCUAUUAUUUUUAUGCAUGCAAUAAGACUUUGCUGGUGGGUGUUGAAGAAGCUGAUUUUUGUGGCUAAAUGGUGCUGUUUUAAGAAGAAAAAACAGCUUGAUCAGCCUGUGGUGAGUGUUUAG